AGGUAGUUUCCCUCCCCAAAAAGAACUCUCUCUCAAUUCUCAACCCUAUUUAUACCCAUCUUCUCAUUCUCUUCUCUUCACUCCAACUCCAACUCCAACUCCAACGCUCUUCACUUCUUCUAUUUGCUAUAAGUCUUGUUUAAACCUGUUAUCAUGGCCUCUUUUGUUGUCCCCCAUUUUCAUCUUACGCUUCUUUUAUUGGUCUCUCUUGUUCAUUUCAGCUCAGCAGCAAGGAGACUCGCAGAGUCUGACCAAACUCAACAGCCCUUGCUAUUUCAAUAUCACAAUGGCCCUCUCCUUUCUGGCAAAAUUUCUAUCAAUUUGAUCUGGUACGGAAACUUCAAACCUGCCCAACGUGCCAUUGUCUCAGACUUCAUUACCUCCCUUUCUUCUACUCAACAUUCCACAUCCCAACCUUCUGUUGCUACCUGGUGGAAAUCCACCGAGAAAUACUACCAUCUCCUCAAAUCCAAGAAAGCCGCUCCUCUUGCACUUUCCUUGGGCACUCAAAUCUUUGAUGAGAGCUAUUCAUUAGGUAAAUCGCUCUCGAGCAAGCACAUUGUUCAAUUAGCGCAAAAGGGUGGUCAAAUUAAUGCCAUCAAUGUGGUUUUGACAUCAUCUGAUGCGACUGUUGAAGGGUUUUGCUCUAGCAGGUGUGGCACUCAUGGUUCUUCUAUGAGUGCUCAAAAAAUCAAUGGCAAAAUCUCCAAAUUUGCUUACAUUUGGGUUGGGAAUUCUGAGACUCAAUGUCCAGGUCAAUGUGCUUGGCCAUUCCACCAGCCAAUCUAUGGACCACAAAGCCCACCACUUGUAGCACCCAACAACGAUGUGGGUCUUGAUGGUAUGGUCAUCAAUUUGGCUAGCCUUUUGGCUGGGACAGUGACCAACCCCUUUGGAAAUGGAUACUUCCAGGGUCCAAAGGAGGCUCCUCUUGAAGCUGCUUCAGCUUGCACUGGGAUAUAUGGCAAGGGAGCCUAUCCUGGCUAUGCUGGGGAUCUGUUGGUGGACUCAACAACUGGGGCUAGCUACAACGCACAUGGUGUUGAUGCCAGGAAAUACUUGCUUCCUGCUUUGUUUGACCCUUCAAGCGCAGCUUGUUCGACUCUGGUCUGAAAGAAGAUAUUACAGGACGUGCUCACAUAUAUUCUUUAUGGAACAUAAGUAGGCUGUAGAAUUGCGAGACAGAGAGAUUCUUUUAUUAUUUAUAAUCAUUAGCUCAUUCAUUUGUAGCGCAACGUUCAUGAAUAAUGAAGAUGUAGGUUUUCUUCCAAAUAA